AUGUCUGAAAAUGGGAACUUGAGAUUGGCUUGUAAAGCAAAGCUUAUGAUUCCUGAGGAUGAGAAGUACGAAGGAAAGCCAUUUGCCCUUUCACACACAAGGACCGCCAUUACAACAAUAAAGGCGAAGUUCAAUACGCAGCAGUUACAGAGGUUCGAGGGAAGUUGUUUUGGUCAUCUAUUACUGAUAGAGGACCUCAAGUGGAAUUCACAAAUUGUCCACGGCCUGUUGAUGAGGAAGGCUGAUCCUAAGACAGUUACACAGGUGAACGGGAUAAAAUUCAUUGUGGGUAACAAGUUGAUACAAUUCACAGCCCAACAAUUUUGCCUCAUCACGGGGCUAAGGUUCGAAAAGCUCCCUUUCAUUCCGAAGGCGACAAAUGAAAAUUGCUCGUUGAAGCGAAAAUACUUCAGCAGCAAUAAACCUGCCACCCUUUCGGACCUACACACCGUCUUCAUCGAGUGCACAGAUGAUGAGGAUGCGUUAAAGCUUGGAAUGGUCUAUUUUGCCAUUUUUGUUCUAUUGGGUAGUGAAAAGCAUGUGCUUAUUGACAUGCGUUAUUUGAAGUUGGCUGAAGACCUAGAGGAGUUUGACAAGUAUCCAUGGGGCGCAGUGUCAUAUGCAAUGACAAAUGCUUCACUGUUGAGGGCAGUUUGUGCUGAAUACCAACGAGUGAAAGUGCCCCAAAAAAGAAAAAUGCCCAAACAAAGUGGAAAGAGAGCGCAGACAAGAAUGCGAAGUGGUAGACCAAGAGAGUACAUCAUAAGGGGGUUUGGCUUCGCUCUUCAAGUGAACACAUAUCCAGCAAUUAACUAUUUUAUGUAA